GCAUGCGAGCACGGGCGGGAGCGAUCUCAGUGCAAGGAGUGCGGGGGAGCCAGCAUCUGCAUCCAUGGGCGGGAGCGAUCUCAGUACAAGGAGUGCGGGGGAGCCUGCAUCUGUACCCAUGGGAGGAGGCGAUCUCAGUGCAAGGACUGC